AUGAAUCCCUUCAUGCACACCUCUCCUUCGCCGCCGCCGCCGCCGCCGCCGAUGCCGCCUCUUCGGUUCCAUCCCUCGUCCGCCGUCGUGGCGGCGCCGAACAUGCAGGGACCGAAGCCGGACCGCCCGACGGCCGCCGCUGCCGUCGACGAGGCAGUGAUUCCGCCGUGCAGCGAGUGCGGGCGGCGCUUCGCGUCGUCGAAGGCGCUGUUCGGGCACAUGCGGUGCCACCCGGAGCGGCAGUGGCGCGGCAUCAACCCCCCGCCCCAGUUCCGCCACCGCACCGUCGGCGCCAGCGCCAAUGCCGCCAAUGCCGCCAAUGCCGACGCCUUCGAGUUCACGGAAGAGGAGCGCGCGGUCGCCGCCAGCCUCGUCAUGCUCGCGGGCCGCCGCCACCGCCGCCGCAGCCGCGCCCCGCGGCGCCGUGAUUUCUGCAGUCGUUGUAGUAAGGAACACGAGAGCGGGGUUUGCAGGGAUUCUAAAGCAUGCGUUAUUGACCUCAACAUGCCCCCUCCACCACUAUCACCACGUAUAGAGAGUGGGGAGGGAGUUCCUAGUACUGGUUUGGACCUCAGAGCCCUGCACCAACCCUUCUCCCCCCACCUUCUCUCUCUUCUCAACCUCCCACUCCCUUCUUUCCCACACAUACCUUCGCCUACCUCCCUCCCAACUCCCCUUCCCCAACCCAACUCUCCCCCCGCCACAUCUCCCUCCCUCCCCACCCACAUACACCGCGCCCACGCACCCUCCUCUCUCCUCCCCGUCCAUUCUCCUCCCAUCCUCUCCCUCCUCGCCCUCGCCUCUCCUCGCCUUCUUUCGACCCACUCGGCCUACCUGCUCCCGUCCUCCGCUCCUUUUCCUUGGCCUCAAACCCUCCCUCCCACCGCAGCGCCCCGGACCUCGCCUCCAUCCGCGCUCUCCUCGCCACCCCGCCCGCCGCCCGCGCUCAUCCUCCUCCGGAGGACGAGUCUUCUUCCCACCGAGGCGCCCCGCGCUGCCAUGGCGGCCAAUCGAAUCUCCCGUAGGACCGCACCACUGGCGGCUGCGCGCGGAGAAAUGCGCGCGUCCAGAACCGAUCAUGACAUCACGCCACCACCCGUCCUCCCAGACCCCCGGGCGCUCACAGCCGCGCGAUCGGAGUGCCCGAAAAACCGCAAUCUAUUUGUCGACAGUGUGAAUGAGGAGAUGAUCGAGAGUUUGUUCGUGUGCAAUGCGACAAACACGGACUCAAAGGGGCGAACAAAGAAGCCAGGGCUUCUUCCUCUGCCGAAUCAGGAGAAGAGGGUGCUCGAUCCAAAGAAGUCGCAGAACAUCGCAAUAUUGCUUAGGGCACUCAAUGUGACCAAAGAGGAAGUGUGUGAAGCCCUCUUAGAAGGUAAUACGGAUAACUUGGGAACUGAACUGUUGGAGACGUUGCUAAAGAUGGCUCCUAGCAAAGAAGAAGAAAUCAAACUGAAAGAGUACAAAGAUGGCUCUGAACUAAAGCUAGGUCCCGCAGAAAAUUUUCUCAAGGCGGUGCUUGAAAUACCAUUUGCUUUUAAGAGAGUGGAAGCAAUGCUUUACAUUGCAAACUUUGAUUCCGAGGUCAAAUACCUCAAGAAGUCCUUCAACACUUUAGAGGCAGCCUGUGAAGAGCUAAGGAGCAGUAGGUUGUUCAUGAAACUUCUAGAAGCCGUCCUGAAGACCGGGAACCGAAUGAAUAUCGGCACGAACCGCGGCGAUGCGCACGCCUUCAAGCUCGACACGCUCCUCAAGCUAGUCGACAUCAAGGGCGCCGAUGGAAAAACGACUGUCCUCCACUUUGUGGUCCAAGAAAUCAUCAAAUCCGAAGGCUCACACCUAUCCACCAAUCUUGAAAGCGAGCUUGCUAAUGUUAAGAAGGCUGCUUCGAUGGAUUCAAACAUUCUCAGUAGCUAUGUCUCAAAUCUAUCUAAAGGAAUUCGAAGAAUUGUUGAAGUUCUUAAAUUAAACGAAGGAUCGAGCUCCAAAAAUAGUCACCGAAAAUUUCACGAUGCGGUGAACACAUUCCUAAACAAGGCUGAGGAGGAGAUUAUAAAGAUUCAAGCUCAAGAGAGUGUGGCAUUGUCUCUAGUUAAAGAAAUAACCGAGUAUUUUCACGGCGACUCGGCUAAAGAGGAAUCUCACCCCUUCAGGAUUUUCAUGGUUGUGAGAGAUUUUCUUGCCGUUCUUGAUCUGAUCUGCAAAGAGGUUGAGAAGAUCAAUAAACACCAAAUAGCAAACUCCUCACGGCAAUCACCGGUGCCUGUAAAGACUAAAUUUCAUGCAUUGAGAAGUGUAAACUCAGAUAAUGGAGUUCACCAUCAUCAUCAUGAUCUAAGUUGAGGUUAAUCAUUCGGAAUAGCAUCACGGAGUGCGAAAAUGAUGGAUUUAUUUAGUGAUCUACUUUUGCUGAGUUACAUAUUUUUGAUCCUGUACUUGUAGGUAUAGAGUAAAAGAUUUUCGGAAUAAUUUUUGGUACAUAUACAAGAAAUGGUCCAUGAAGCUAAUUUAUGU